AUGGUUGUUGUCGACCACCACGAGUACCUUUGCGAGGAAGAGAAGCGUUUGAAGGAAGACCGGGAACGCAAGAAGUACUGGAAGAAAUGGGGCCCCUAUGUGUCCGAACGACAGUGGGCAACGGUCCGAGAGGACUAUUCAGACAACGGUGACGCUUGGAGCCAUUUCUCCCACGACCAAGCGAGGUCCAGAGCGUUUCGCUGGGGCGAGGACGGCAUUGCUGGUGUCUCCGACAGCCAUGGCCUCCAGAACGUUGCAUUUGCUUUCUGGAAUGAGAAAGACGAUUUCCUCAAGGAGCGACUCUUUGGCCUCAGCAAUCCUCAAGGGAAUCAUGGCGAAAGCAUCAAAGAGGCGCACUUCCACCUCGACAAUACACCUACUCAUUCUUACAUGAAAUAUCUCUACAAACUCCCUCAAAGACGAUUCCCCUAUGAACAAUUGAUCCAGGAAAAUGCCAGGCGUGGCAAAGAAGAGCGCGAGUUCAACAUCAUCGACUCUGAUGCUUUCAAAGACAAUCGUUAUUUUGACAUCUUUAUUGAGACGGCCAAAGACACGGAUGACCCAGAGGAGUUGUUGUUCCGGGUGACCGCCUACAAUCGAGGCCCGGAGGCGGCGCCCUUGCAUAUCAUCCCGCAUCUGUGGUUCAAAAAUACCUGGACUUGGGGUCACCAAGCUGACAAGCUGAAACCCAACAUCCGCAUGGUCGGGCCCAUGACUGCUCAGUCCAAACACCACAAGCUGGGCACCCGUUUCUUCCAACUGUCUCCUUCACCGGGCUGUGGCCCAGAUGCCGACGACGUUCAUCCGCAACUCAUGUUCACGGAAAACGACACCAACCACGAAAAGCUCUAUGGCGUCAAGAAUAAACAGCCUUACGUCAAGGAUGCCUUCCACAGAUGGAUCGUGGAUGAAGAGAAGGGGGCCAUCAAUCCUCGCUGCUCAGGAACUAAAUGCGCCGCGUGGUAUGACUUUGGUCAAGGUGACGGCGUCCCCCCCGGAGAAUGCGCCGUGGUCAGAUUCCGUCUCUCCCGCAGAUACGAUGGUUAUCUGAACGAGGAACUGCUGGACGAUAUUAUGGAACAGAGGCGCCAGGAAGCAGAUGAGUUCUAUUAUCGAAUCAGCCCUCUCCCCAUGACCGACGACCUGAGGAAUAUUCAGAGACAAGCCUUUGCUGGCAUGUUGUGGUGUAAGCAACAUUACUACUUCGUCUGGGAUCAGUGGGCGAACGGUGACCCUAAUAUGCCUCCGCCGCCACCCAACCGCAAGAACGUGCGCAAUAUCCAUUGGAAACAUAUGCACUUGGAUGAUAUUCUGUCGAUGCCAGACUCGUGGGAAUACCCGUUCUUCGCCGCCUGGGACUCGGCGUUUCACUGCAUCCCACUCGCGAUGAUCGAUCCCGAGUUCGCAAAGAAGCAGCUCGAUCUGUUCACCAGGGAGUGGUACAUGCACCCCAACGGGCAGCUGCCGGCGUACGAGUGGAAUUUUGGCGACGUCAACCCACCUGUCCACGCCUGGUCCGUUUUCAGAACAUUCAAGAUCGAGCGGAAGAUGUACGGUCGACAAGACCUCGACUUCCUCGAGAGGGUCUUUCAGAAGCUACUGCUCAACUUCACGUGGUGGGUGAACAGAAAGGACCACGAGGGCAAGAAUGUCUUUGAAGGCGGUUUCCUAGGCCUGGACAACAUCGGCCUGUUCAAUCGGUCCGAGCCAUUGCCCACAGGCGGGGUGCUCGAGCAAGCAGACAGCACUGGAUGGAUGGCCUUCUAUUGUCUCUGCAUGCUCAACAUCUCCCUUGAACUGGCCAAGCACCGACGAAUAUACGAGGACAUUGCAUCUAAGUUCUUCGAGCAUUUCAUCUUGAUAUCAGAUGCCAUGACCUUUCGCGCCGGGGGGUCGGAGAAGAGCUUGUGGAACGAUGAAGACGGCUUCUAUUACGACGCGAUUUCCUGGGGUGGGCCCUGGUCUCAACAGUUGCCCGUGCGGUCUCUGGUCGGUCUGAUCCCUCUCUAUGCCGUACUCACCUUGGAGCCCGAGCUCAUCAACAGGUUCCCAAACUUUAAGCGGAGAAUGGACUGGUUCAUUGAAAACCGGCAUGACGUUGCGGAACGCAAUAUUGCGUCGAUGCGCAAGCGAGGAAAAGACGAGCGCCUCCUCCUGUCCUUGGUCAGCAAGGAACGACUGGAGAAGAUCCUGAAGAGAAUGCUGGACGAAACCGAAUUCCUGUCCGAGCAUGGCAUUCGCAGCUUGUCCAAACACCACGAAGAACACCCCUACAGCAUGGAUGUCAAUGGUCAGGAAUUCAAGGUCAGCUAUGUUCCCGGAGAUUCCGAUUCUGGGCUGUUUGGCGGGAACUCAAAUUGGAGAGGUCCCAUCUGGAUUGCCGUGAAUUUUCUCUUGGUCGAAUCUCUGCUCCGAUUCUACAUGUUCUACGGCACCAGCCUGCAAGUCGAAUGUCCCACAGGCUCGGGCGAGUACAUGCAUUUGGGUCAUGCGGCAGAAGAAAUCCAACAUCGCUUGCAACACCUCAUGGUUCGUGAUCAUCAGGGCCGCCGUGCCAUCAAUGCGGGAAACGACACCUUGGACUUCGACCCCCAUUGGAAAGAUUACUUGUGGUUCUUCGAGUUCUUCGAUGGCGACACCGGUCGGGGUCUCGGGGCGUCGCAUCAGUGCGGCUGGACGGGGCUGAUGGCGAAGAUGAUCCAUGAUACGGGCAUCAAUUGCCGUCUCCCUCAGACACCUCGGACCCCUUCUACCGCGGCGGCGCACUACUUCGACGACAUCCUCACCCGCGGUCUCACGAGGAAGAACACCCAUGUUGCAACUCCCGGUCCUGAUGGGCACAGGACCCCGCACAUUCGGCGUUCCUCGACAUCCCGCUCGAUCGGCAACCGCAGCAGUUUCGUCUCAAGCUUCAAUGGUGACCAGAAAUCUACCGCGGCUGACAGCGACGCUGGCGACAAUGGGGGCAAGUCGUAUUUUUUCAGGGAGCGCGCUCCCUCGCAAACCUCCGAUUCGGACGCUUUCGGUCAAGCAGACGUCCUGGAACGGGAACGCAGAAAGAGCAUUGCCGACAGCCACUACGACAAGUAUGUCAGCGAACAACUCAGUCGAAUCAAGACCGACGAGAGUACUGCCGUCUAUGAAGAUGAGUUUGAAGCCCAGUUGGAUUGA